AUGCCGCAGCUGCCGGACGAGCUCCUGGAGGAGAUCUUCCUCCGCCUCCCGCCGGACGAGCCCGCGGCGCUCGUGCGGGCCUCCCUCGCCAGCAAGCCCUGGCUCGCCCUCCUCACCGGCACCGCCUUCCGCGGCCGCUACCGCGAGUUCCACGGCGCUCCCCCGAUGCUGGGCUUCCUCUACUCGGGGUUCGACGUCUCCGGCCACGAGGGAGACCCCGCCCCACUCCUCGUCUCCACCUCCAAGUUCCGCGCGCGCAUUCCGGACUUCGCCAGUACGGACCAGGACUUUGAUUUGGUUGUGUGGGACUGCCGCCAUGGCCGGGUUCUCCUCGGGGAUGCGGAUUUGUCUUCUAGGCUGCUCGUGGUUUGGGACCCCAUGACGGGCUGCACUCGGCAGCUGGAUGGGCCGGACGAUAUCGGCAAGAUCGCGGUGCUCUGCGCGGUGAGCGGCUGCGACCACCGCUCGUGUCACGCCGGCCCGUUCAAGCUGGUCUGCGUCGCCGUGGACGAUAGUGUAGAUGGUGAGCAUGUUGCACGCGUAUGCGUGUCGUCGCCGGACAUGGGUGACUCUGAUGAGUGGAAGGAGCAGUGCCCUGGUCUUGAUGUUGCAGCGGAUGCAUUCAUCUAUGAUAUACCCGCUGUCCUCCUCCACGACGCACUCCACUUCAUACUUGGGUACUACGAUGAUAAUCGUGUGGGAAUUCUCAAGUACAGCUUGGCCUCUGAUUCUUUAUCAUUGAUUGAUGUGCCGUUUGCCGCUCGUGCCGAUAUCCUCAUGGCGAUGAAGGAUGGCAGUCUGGGGAUUGCACAUGUGGACAGCAGGUUAACCCUCUACGUGUGGUCCAGACAAAUAGAUUCCAACGGAGUUGCGUCAUGGACUCAUGGUAGAGUUGUGGAUCUCAAGAACAAUAUCCCUAUUAAAAAUCCCAAGAGAAUACCUAGUCUGAUCGGAUCUGUGGAGGGCAGUGAUAUCAUUUUCGUGAACACGGGUCAUUCCGUCUACGAGAUUGAUCUCAAGACACUAGAGUGGAAGGAGCGAAUGAAGGGGCGCAACUUCCAUUGUUUGAUUCCGUACAUGAGCUUCUACAAUCCUCCAGAAAGGAUGAUCCCUGGUGAUGCGUCACGUUGA